CUCUCCCUAGUUCUUUCUUGUUCUUCCAUUCUUGCUGCAGGCCUUGUUCUCCCUUUGUUUGAUUUUUGACGCACCAAGCAAGAGAGAGAGAUGGGAGGGUGUGCAACAAAGCCGAAGGUGUUGAAGGCCGAGGGCGCAAGCGAAGCGCCAGAGCCGGCACCAGAGGCGGCGGCCAAGGAAGAAGUAGUGGCGGCGGUACCAGUUGAUGAUCAGGCAAAGGAGAAGGAUGUGGUAGUAGUUGCUGCUGCUGAUGAUGAAGAUGAGAAGAAGAAGAAGAAGAAGAUAGAGUUGGCUCCUGAGGAAGAGGGUGGCGGUGAUGAUAAAGUCAAGGAGAUCGUUGAUGAUGAUGAACAAGGAAGUAAACACCGCUCUCUCAGUCUUUUGUUCAAGAAUGAAGAAGGAAAGGAGGAGGCAACAGAAACAGAGAAGCAGCCAGAACCAUCGGAGACUGAAAAGCCUCUGGAGGAACAGAAGGCUGAGCCUGCUGAGAUAGCCAUUGAAGAUGCACCAGAACCAGAGACCAAAACCAAACAACCACCUGAAGAAAAAGUUACAGAAGUGAAGGAAGUUGCUGAAGCAGCAACGGAGGAAGUGAAAGGAACCGUCGCAGAAAAUAGUACAGAAGAAGGAAAAGAUGUUGAAGUGAAGGGAGGCGCUGCUGAAGAGCAUGCCAAAGUAUGAUGAAGAGAGGGUCGGCCGUUUGACUGUUUAAAAGGACUUUGUUUUAAGGCUGUUUCGUUAAUUAAUUAAUUUUCUCUAUCUCUGUUUUUGUUUCUUCAUUUGAAUUGCCAUAUUUUUCAACUUUCUCUGUGUGGGGGACAUACG